UUGCUUCAAUUUAAUGAGUAAAUUCAUCAGGUCCCCUAUUUUAAAUCUCUGGGUUGUCACAGGACCCCUGAUGGUCGAUGUUCUCUCUUUACAUUUAUCUUUUUUAUACAUUUCAGACAAUAUUCUAAAAUUCAAUAAUUUUAAAAUUUCAAUAAUCAUUUGUAGUAUAAGCCACAAUUACUCUAAUUCUAAGAAUAUAGAGCUGCCUUUUUAUUUCCCAGGGAACACAGCUGUCCAUAAAUGGCUAUAAACCAUGCCUGUAAAUGAUGUCCUUAAUGUGGUGGCUAAACAUUCUGCAUCCCCUCCCCACUCGUUGAGGCAAUAAUACAAUUAAAAGAGCUUUAAUGUACACAUAGCUCUGGUGUGUCAGUUGUUUGAAUGACAUGCAGUUCUGUUCCCCUCCUUGGGAUGCUGCUGAGUACAUCUGACAGACACAUGUACUGUAUGUGUCCACAGGGACAGCAUUGUGAUUUAAUGUACAUAUGUUAACAGAUAAUUCAUUAGGCCCAUUUUACAUUGGGGGUAAAUACAAUAGACUUGAGUUACUUUAAUUAAACCUAGUAUUACUGUAUAGUGAUGUGCAUCACACUAGAACAUUAUUAAGCAGAGCAUUUAUGGGACUCAAAAGGCUAGUCUACAUGAUUACAAGAGUUUCACUGGCCAUCUUUACUGUUUUGCCCCAUUAUUUAUUAUGUAUUACCCUGACAGAUGAAAAAAUCUGCACUGGGAACUCAUACGAUCAGAUUUAGCACAUCAGAUAAAAUGUUUUAUCAUACACAUGGGAUGAUAUGUUGUACUAGUGGGAAGUCAAAACUAAAAUCAGAUUUAGCACGUCAGAUAAAAUGUUUUAUCAUACAAGUAGGAUAAUGUUAUACUGUCAGGGUGGGAAAUGUGGGUGUGUGAUGGGGGGUUCAAAUGUGUAAUUUCUUUAAAAUGUGAAUCAGGUCAGCAAAAUGUACCUGAAGCUUCUUUUUCUUUAAUGUACUCCCCCAUUUACACACUUAGUAACAGAAAGUAUGGCUUUGAAGCGGUUAUUCCAUGAGGGUGGCUAACUUUUAAUCAAAAGACAUUUCUGCAGUUUUGUUAAACAGAUGUCAAAUUCAGACCUCAGAAAUACUGUGUGCAGUAUUCAGCCUUCUGUCUCUCUGGAGACCACCCCAUGACUAUUUCCCUCCCCCUCUUUUUGUUUCUGCCAGCGGCAGCUUUCUGCAAGCCUUUAUCUACCUUUCCCUCUGCAUCCCGUUCCUCUGUGCACCUCCCUGUGGAGGGUUUGUCCGGGCAGAGCAUUAGCAGGCAGUGGGUGGUCCUUCCCCACGUUGCUGUCCACAUUUAAAGUUGGGAGCUCACUCCCCUCCGCCAGGGGUAAAGUUCACUUGCCAGAGAAGCUGGAAAUGACUGUUUCUCUCUUUGUGUUCUUACAGAAGAAGUUGGUAAUCCAGGGGAAGAAUAUUGCUAUGCAUUACAGCAACCCACGUCCCAAGUUUGAGGAUUGGCUUUGUAGCAAGUGUGGCCUGUACAACUUUCGCCGAAGAUUAAAAUGCUUCCGCUGCGGGGCAGCCAAGGCUGAUGCUGAUAUAGAAACCCCACAGGGAGCCUCUGAAGCCCCACAGUCUGCAGAUUACUAUAAUGACAGUGGCUAUGUAUCCUCAGCCAUAAUACUCCGGAAUAUCGGACCUCAUACUGUUGUGGAAUCCAUUCUGGCGGCCCUCUCUCCCUAUGUCUCCCUUGUGGUUAGCAAUAUCCGCCUCAUCAAAGAUAAACAAACUCAACAAAACAGGGGAUUUGCAUUUGUGCAGUUGCCUUCAGCUCUGGAGGCAUCUCAGCUUCUACAGAUUUUGCAGACACUUCAUCCACCUCUAAAAAUUGAUGGAAAAACAAUUGGUGUGGAUUUUGCUAAAAGUGCCAGAAAGGACCUUAUUUUGCCAGAUGGUAAUAGAGUCAGUGCAUUCUCUGUGGCAAGCACUGCAAUUGCUGCAGCUCAGUGGUCCUCUACACAGGCUCAGAGUGGCGAGGCUGGAGAGUCGGGAUAUGUACAGCCAGGACAGGAGGGAUAUGCUCCAUACGGACAAUAUUCACAGGAAUUACAGCCAUUUUACCAACCACCUGCAGGGGUAGCAGAUCCAGGUGCCGUUCAGCCAGCAGAAGGCAGUGUUCCAGCUGCCAUUACAACUGCAGCUGUCGUGUCUCAGAGUCCCCAGAUGUACCAACAACCAGGCUCGCCGACUCAACCUAGCACCAGUGCAACCAGUAGUACUGGUGGAGCAGCAGGAUCUAGUACAAGCACAGAUGAAACGCCCACUCCAACUGGGGUUAUUCCUGGGGUCAAGUAUGCUGUGCCUGACACAUCCACCUACCAUUAUGAUGAGUCUUCUGGAUAUUAUUACGACCCACAGACUGGCCUUUACUAUGACCCCAAUUCUCAGUAUUACUACAAUUCCAUGACCCAGCAGUACUUGUACUGGGACGGGGAACAGCAGACAUACUUGCCAGCUGCAGACGCACAAGCGGCACAGAAUGCGGUUCAGGCUAAUGGUGCUUCAGCCCAAGCCGGCAACACAAAAGAAGGAAAAGAGAAAAAGGAAAAGCCAAAGAGCAAGACAGCCCAGCAAAUUGCAAAGGACAUGGAACGCUGGGCCAAGAGCUUAAACAAGCAGAAGGAGAACUUUAAGAACAGCUUCCAGCCCCUUGGCUCACGUGAUGAAGAGAGGAAAGAGUCUGCAGCUGCGGAUGCUGGGUUUGCUCUUUUUGAGAAAAAGCAGGGAGCUUUGUUAGAGAGACAGUUUUUACCAGAGAUGAUGAUGAUAAUGAGUGCAGAGGAAGAAAGACCGCCUAAGAUGGCAUUGGUCGCUGCAUACAGUGGGGACAGUGAUAAUGAGGAUGAGCCACAGCUGUUACCAGGGUCAUUGGAUGAGGAUAAACUAACGGACUGGAAGAAAUUGGCAUGCUUGCUUUGUCGCAGACAAUUUCCGAAUAAAGAUGCCCUGACCAGGCACCAGCAGCUUUCAGACCUGCAUAAGCAAAACUUGGAUGUCUACAGGCGAUCAAAGCUAUCUGAACAGGAUUUGGAAGCUCUGGAGCUAAAAGAGAGGGAGGCUAAAUACAGAGACCGAGCAGCUGAGAGGAGAGAAAAGUAUGGCAUACCAGAGCCUCCUGAGCCAAAACGCAAGAAGCAGUUUGACCCUGCAGUUGUAAAUUAUGAGCAGCCUACAAAAGAUGGAAUUGAUACCAGCAACAUAGGAAACAAGAUGCUACAGGCCAUGGGUUGGAAAGAAGGUUCUGGGUUGGGACGCAAAAGUCAAGGGAUCACAGCACCCAUUCAGGCACAGGUCAGGACAAGAGGGGCUGGCCUUGGAGCCAAGGGCAGCUCGUAUGGUGUAAAUGCUGCAAAUUCUUACAAAGAUGCAGUCCGGAAAGUUAUGUAUGCAAGAUUUACAGAGAUGGAAUGAUCUAUGUCAGCUGGGACAUUGAGAGGACUAAAUAUAUAAUCACAGAAACCUGUGAGGAUGACUGUGCUGUCCCGUGUAGGCGCUCCGAGGUCGAUUUUCAGGAACCCUGUAAGGGUCAUCUCACCUAUACAUAUGUAUAAUAUGACAAUCUGUACAGUGUAAAUAUUUUUUUGUUUUGUGAAUAAAUAUGGACUACUUAAGAAGCAGAUACGGAAGCUCCUUUUUUUCACAACUGAGAACAGUCUUUUGGAUAUGUUGUAGCCAUUGUGAAAGAAUGUGCGAACUAUGGUUCCCAACUCAUGUUACUCUUCAAUUCAAGACGACCCGUAAAAAUGAGGCUAAAAUCCCAAAAAUGCUUUUUAUUUUUGAGUAUUGUUCAGUGGUCUGAGACAAAAAGCUUCACUUUGUAUGUUUCGAAACAUUUGUACAGAACUUUUUUUUUUUUUUUGUACAAAACUGUUUUUCAAAAAUGUUAAUAAAUUUUAAAAGUAAAA